AAAUUACCCUACACAGAACGUUGGACACUUUUGGAUCAUUUAAAUUUAGAUAAAGGACAUUAACCUCAAUUAAAAAUGAAAUAGGGAUUUAAGUGGUAUUUAAUCGGCGUAUCAAUCCACCUCGAUCCAGUGUUUGAUAAAGUCUUAGUACAAUACACUAUAAUUAUAGAUAAAAGUAAAGAUAUAUUCUCAUGGUGUUUUGGCCUACAAUUAUCUAUGUCAUCCAUUACAUACCUGAGUAAUUUAACCUUCAAAUGGGAUACAGCUUCAUGUAUCAUAUGUACAUGUAGUAUAUUUUAUAGCUUGAUAUAAAAUAUUCCACAUAUAGGUUGACGAGGUAGAUUAGACCUCAGCGCGCACCAACAAUUACCGCCGACUAAUCCUAGAAUAACCGUCUGGAAUAUAAAGUAAAAACAAAAAUAUUACAUGUUUGAUAUUUUGAGGACUAAUUUGAAAAUUUGAUUUAGGAUUUCAAUAACUGUAACUUUGGAUUAAAAUAACAGCGCACUCAUCUUUGUGUAGCUUUGAUUUACACAAAAUUUCGUGGACAUUAUUACUGUGACAUUAUUUUAAAGGAAAGCAUUCUUGGUAAAGUGGUAUUAUUUUUGUGUAUUGUAAGUAAAAGCAGGAUAUUUAAUAAGUACUUUUUAAGUAAAUAGUAAGGUAAAGCGUUGAACGGAAAUACAGUUUUCUAUUUCAAUACAAUUAUAGAUGUAAUGAAGUAAUAACCGACCAAGUAUAUUUGUAACAAAUUAUUUCAUAUACUCAGGGACAAAAUAAUAUUAGAAAUGCCUAAACUUGGAAUAAUUGUUCUUGCAAUUGGAAUUGUGCUUACUUUAUUUAAUACUUCGCUUUGUGAUAAACGUUUGAAUAGACAGAAACGUUUUAUUGAAAUGGCCGAUGAUGUGAGAGGCCCUUACUGUGAGACAAAGCCCGGGGGUCCGUGUUGUCCCGGGAGGGAUGACCAAUGUACAGUACCGAUAUUAGACAGUAUUUGUUAUUGUGAUAUGUUUUGUAAUAUUACUGCCAGUGAUUGUUGUCCAGAUUUCCAGAGAAUUUGUAUAGGAGGAAAUCCAGAGCCUAUUACACGCGGUUGUAGAGUUAAUGGUAUAGAAUAUAGAGUGGGUUCAGUGUUCAAAAACAAUUGUAACCAGUGUACAUGCCGCCGGAACCCUUCCAAUCCAAACCAGGCGGAACUGAGAUGUACUGACGAUGUAUGCUUAGUACAACCAGACAUGAUACAGCUUGUCAACAAUGGAAACUAUGGGUGGAAAGCUGCAAAUUAUUCGUUUUUCUGGGGAAAGACUUUGAAUGAUGGUAUAAAAUACAGACUCGGAACCAUGCCACCAAGUGACCAAGUUCUCAAUAUGAACCCUAUAAUAAUGGACAGUGUUGAUCAACCUCCACAAUCCUUUGAUUCCCGUCAAAAAUGGCCGAAUUAUAUACAUCCUGUUAGAGAUCAAGGAGACUGUGCUGCAUCAUGGGCGUUUUCUACAGCCGCUGUUGCAUCUGACCGCCUGGCAAUUGAAUCAGAAGGGGUCUUACCAGAGGAGUUAUCUCCACAACAUCUUAUUUCCUGUAACGUAAAAGGACAGCUUGGUUGUGAGGGUGGAUACCUCGAUAAAGCUUGGUGGUUUUUACGAAAGAAUGGAAUAGUAACAGACAGUUGUUAUCCAUACGAAAGCGGUUCAACAAAUAACGCUGGCUUUUGUAAAAUGAGAAAGAGUAAAAACUAUAGAAACGUAACCUGUCCAAAUUCUGGAGAAGAACUGCUAGAAAAGAUAUUACACUCAACUCCGCCAUAUAGAAUAAGAAGUAACGAAAGAGAAAUUAUGAUGGAGAUAAUGAAAAAUGGACCAGUACAAGCCAUUUUGAAAGUAAAAGAAGAUUUCUUUAUGUAUAAGAGCGGAGUAUAUAGUUACAGUAGAAUUCAACCAGACAACAUGGCUCAUGAUGACAAAGGUUACCACUCUAUAAGGAUAAUUGGCUGGGGUGUUGAGCGACAGUCCAGUGGUGUAGAAUUAAAGUACUGGCUUUGCUUGAACUCAUGGGGAAUGCAGUGGGGUGAAGAUGGCUCGUUUAGGAUUAGGAGAAAUGUGAAUGAAAGCAAUGUAGAGGCUGUGAUAUUAGGGGCUGACAUAACAGUGCGGCUUGUUAAUACUGAACAUCCGGGCAUACUGAGGAGAGAUGGGUUGUAUAAUGUAUAUAAUAGAGAAAGAGGAAAGAAAAGACGAACAACCCCUAAACCCCUUGUCUAAUUAGGGAACAUUGAAUAAUGGCAUGCUGUUCAUAGAAAACAAUAAUGUGCUUAAACUUAAUGCUUCAGCAUUUAAUCAUCAUUUUUCCACAUCAAAUUAUCAAUGUAUCAUAAAAUAUAUUUUUCAAAUGCUUAUUUUCUAUAUUAACCUUAUAUACUAUCAAAAACACUGCCG